AUGGAGGCAAACUAUCUGCGACACAUGAGUCGGGAAAGAAGAGGCCAUAAACGUCAGCGAUUAUCUUCAACAGCUGAAUCAGAGAGGCAAGCAAGCAGUCAAAAUUUUGAAAUCUCACAUGAAAAUUCAAGAGGUUCUUCUUCUCAGGUUGCUGAUAAUGAAUCUACAACCUCAUCACGGAAUCUUCGCCGAGUGGCUUCAACAAACAUACUGACAAUUGAACAACGCCGUCAAGAAUUAGAAUUACGAGACCUGGAGGCAGAAGUCAAAAGGAAAGAAGAAGAAGUUCGCUUGAAACAGCUUCAAAAUGAGCAAUUAGAGCUGGAACUUAUUGUAAUGGGCCGAAGCCUUGCUAUCUAA